AUGGCUCUACAGGCACCGUCGCUUUUGGCCCAAUUACCCAGGCCUUUGGGUGGAAGUACGGGUAAAUGCCGGUUUUCCGAGGUGUACAGUCUCGCUGGGGGGAAGAAAAGAAAGCGAUAUGAAGUUGCUGCCGCCAUAGAUGGCGAGAGUGUGAAUAUAUACAGCGUUCAAUUUCCGAAACUGAUAUCCUCCUAUGCGAUCCCUCCCCAAUCCUCCCUAUCAUGCCCGCCUUGCUCCGUGAGAGAGAAAUCCGCGGAGACGUCCAUUGUGAAAAGAUACACCUAUUGCGCUGUGGAUAAACCGGAGAGGCAGAUAAAAUGCUUUGCUGAGGAAUUUGGCGCCUCUGAUCGGAGCACGGCAAAAUUCUCAACGUCAGUAUUCGCUUUGGAUGACUGCGAGAGCCCAGCUGUUUUCAUGACCGUGAUUCCCACGAGCCAAUCACCGAACAAACAAGAUGAGGCGUUUGAUCUGAUCGUCGUUCAUGAAAAUGGCCAAGUACGGAGGCUAUCGUCCGACAUGAAAACGCAAAGGUGGAACAUCCUGCGUCCCGCCAACGAACUUCUUGGAGAUUAUCAUGUCCAUGCAGGAUUCGUCGUAAGCUUUGAAGAUGCUCAGAAAGUCCUCUUCAAAAAAAGACAAGAUUUGGUUGCGUCGAUUCUGGGCGCUGGACAUGGAAUUCGUUCCGAUUCAUCCACCAUUCUGAUGCUCGUUUUGCAUCCCCGUCAAUCGAAGACGUUUCUACCUAGCGAAGUAGCUGUGCAUCUCUUCUCAAUUCCCGUUCACAGCCCUACAAAUUAUUUCAUCGUUGAUGAAAAUCAACGAUUGAGACAUCUGCUGAAGAUGAAACUGGCAGAUCUACCUGGGCAAACACCUCUGGUCGCUCGAAACGUCAACUGGUCUGCAAACUUAAACCAAGCCGAGCUAUCACUAUCAUUUGAUCAAGGUUAUAUCAGUUACAAUCUGUCGCACUAUACCCCGGAGGUCGACUCGCAUAUGAUUGUUGCCAACGCUAGCUUUUCAUCUGUUAUGCGGAUCUCGCCUCGGUCAGUUAUGGGGGCGAAUCAAUCGACAGUGUCCCUUUACGAUGCAAAAUAUCGAUCACUGCAGGCGGAUCUACCCGUAACGGAGCUUCCACAAAUCAAUUCCAACAAGCAGGCGGGGAUAGUUUCUUCUCUGGAGUACAUAACGUAUUUCUCUAAACUCAGCUUGGUGGUUGCUGUUUGUGGAAGCGCUCUGCUAGCGUUCGACCUUGCAAUAAUUCACAACUGGGGGGACAUGUCCCGGAAAAGGCAGAGGACUGGUUUUCUUAUCGAUUCAAUUGGAAAAGGAAUAGGAGGACCUGACAGUGACGCCAAAAGGCCGGCGCUUGACAGUAGCUCGUUGCAGUUCGUGAAGCCGCUUGGACUUACGAACAAUGGUAUUGCCGAUGACUGGGCCGAAGUCAAGUCAGAGCUAGAUUCCGCAUCCAAGGCCAACGAGCCCGCGAAAUUCGAUCAAAUCAUGAAAGCGAAGUUUUGGAAAUCGUUGAACCCGAGCCUCGAGAAUCCUAAAGGUUUCCCUUCCGCGAAGGAUUACGUCGACCCUGAAAGAGUUUCGUUUUUGCUUUCCAAAAUAUUUUCUUUGGUUACCGAAGGGGAUUCGGACAUUCCUAAGCUUACUAUCAGAUUCCUCCCCUUCGAAACGUUUCAGUGGCUGGUGGGAUCACGGCAUCUGAGUAUGAGCAAUAUCCAGAUCGCACUCCGCAGCUCCAAUCCUGAUCGCAUACUCCCCGCAAUCCCAGAUGGAUCCUUGGUUCAGGCUCUUGCGCAGUCGGGCCGCUCUGUGAAAGUAUUGCUCCUCGUUCUGCGCAGUUCAGUUCAUUUUGAGACCAUCGAACUUGGACAUGCUUUGAAGCUACUAUUGGAUGUUGCACGCUCCCAUUCUUCAAAUUCUGCCGAGCCACCCAAAGCUUUAACGGAGUCUCCCCAGAAACAAAACCCGGGUACAGCAAAGGAGGUGACACCAGUGACUUCUAAACAAUCACCGAGCGCUGAGGCAGUCUUGACAGACGCAGUUUCGGGGUUGAAUUUGACUCUAUUGAAACUUCAUUCUCACCCUCUUGACAAAGUGACGCGAUCAAUUCGAUCUGUUCUCUCUAAUUCCGACAUCCUCUCCAUCAUUCACCACCUCCGCCACUCACUGGCAACCAGCGGCUACACCUCCCGAUUCACAGAAGAUGCGCCACCGUCGUUCGCAAGCCCCAAGAUCCCUCUCCUUCCGCUUUCUGCCAUUGUGGAUUUACUCAAUGCAUGUAUAGACGCCGUGGGACCGAGCGGAUGGAUAUCAGCUGCUGGUUUUGCCGGAGCCGAAGGCAGUGAAGUUUCUCUCGUCGCGGAGAUGAAAUCAGAAGUUUCCGCAGCACUGGCUGGAGUUGAGGAAGCGACCUACCUCAAGGGCAUUCUGCGCGAAUUUAUCCGCUGCUGCGAGACAGCCAAGGACAUCAGUCAGCGCCAACCGAGCAAGCGUGCCAGGAAACAGUCAAGAGACGUAGGUUUGCGCAUCAAGCGCACGGAACAGGUUAACGGCGCCAAGAUCCUGGUAUACGACAAAACCACUGACCAGUCUGGACUUUUGAACACUGAUACAAAGAUCCUACCUCUCUCUUUGAAGAUGACCGGCCAGAGUGAUGAUGCCGCCGGUGAAGAGCCAAGUAAAACCAAGGUGGUGAAGUCAACCGGUGAAGUGAAGAAGCGAACGUUCCGUGACAUUGGCUACUUGAAGGCUCACUUCGAAUCUUGCGCCACAGGUAACAAGGGGUCCAGCUGGCACGGUGACCUCGUAGGGCGACCAACUUCCUCCUGGUACUCGGAACGGUUUUCAAGCCACAUGAAGCCUGCAAGAUCGGUCCUCUUUGGUUCUUCGAAUCAGAGGUCCCUCUCGAAGCGCCAAUCCCAGUUCAAUAUCAGGCUUAUCAAAGAGGUUAAAACGUCGCUUGAGGAAUAUCCGGCCUCGGCAGACUUUCUUGCAUAA